CACAAAUAUAUAUAUAUAUAUAUGCAAACCAUAAGCAACUUCUUUAAGAAAAAAAAAAAAGGACUCAUACAAUUGAUCAUCACUAUGACGAACACUUAUACCUAUGUUUUUAUUCAUGGUGCCAUGCAUGGAGGAUGGUGUUUUGAAAGAAAACUAAUCCCUCUCUUUAAAAAAGCAAACUACCGUACUAUUACAUUUGAUCUCCCUGGCAACGGAAAAAACGAUGAUACUCCUAUAGAAGAAAUUACGUUGGACAAUUAUGCAAAAAGGACGAUCUCAGUGAUUGAUGAACAGACAAAGCCAGAAGAAAAAGUCAUCCUGGUUGGCCAUAGUCUGGGUGGGUUGACAGCCACCAUGGUAGCAGAAAGAAUUCCUGACAAGAUCCAUUGUGUUGUGUACUUGGCGGCGUUUUAUUUACAAGAUGGUCAGACUCUGGUAUCGGCCAACAUCCCCACCAAAGGAGCAUUCUAUGUGAAAGACGAGAUCUAUUUAGGGAUUGAUGAGGAUGAUAUGGUGGAUGCAUUCUAUAAGGAUUGUGAUGAGGAUGAUAUCCAGUUUGCAAAGGCCAAUGUCACCAAACAAUACCUUGGUCCCCAAUCUGAAAAAUUCAAAGUCCAGGGUGUGAUUGACCAUAUCGACAAAUAUUAUAUCAAGGCUUUACACGAUAAAGCUAUUCCUCCCGAAUCACAAGAAAUGAUGUAUAAAAACAAAAUCAACAAUGUCAUCGAAAUAGAUUCUGCUCAUUCACCUUUUUUUUCAAACCCGGAUGAGUUAUUUACUAUUUUAACUAAAUUAAUCAAAUAAAUGGAUGUCUUGGCAUUUUGAUG